CGAUUACCUAAAAAUAUAUUUGCAGGUAGCAUAAAUGGACUACGUUUGGCGGUAUUAGGAGUAUCGGAAUUUUUCGGGACAACCGUACUGCUAUUCCUGUCAUGUACAGGGUGUACAUCGGGAGCACAAGGACCUAUCCGGGUGCUACACACAAGCAUGGCUGCUGGACUAGCAGUCACUGUAGUUAUUCAGAUGUUGGGACAUAUUUCUGGAGCCCACGUGAAUCCCGUUGUGACGUUGUCCGCUUUUAUUCUUGAUGAAUUAUCCUGUACAGAAGUCCUAGUGUACAUAUUCAGCCAACUACUUGGAAGUCUUGCGGGAUCUGGAUUCCAUGAGUUAGUGACAUCAUCAGAGUUAUACGUCGGCGGUGAUACUACAGAAGCUGCUGGAAAUUGUGUAAAUCUACCAGAUGGGAGUUUAACCGAUUGGCAGGCCCUCGGUGUCGAAAUAAUAUUGUCUGUUAUCUUGGUUAUUGCCAAUUGUGCUUGCUGGGACCAGAGAAACAAUAAUAAAGUGGAUUCGGUACCUCUCAAAAUUGGCAUGGUUGUGGUUGCUUUGAAUUUAUCUGCAGGUGUCUACACUGGAGCAAGUAUGAAUCCCGCCAGGAGUUUUGGACCAGCUGUAUGGGCCAACAACUUUGAUAGUCACUGGGUAUACUGGGUUGGACCAACCAUUGGGUCCCUCAUUGCCAGUUACUUUUAUAAGUAUACGUUUUCGAAAGUUAGAUAA